AUAGCAUUGGUAGUAGUAUUAAGCUAUUCAUCAAUGAUUUUGUGCCAAAUAUCAAGUAUUGAUAAUAAUGUUAAUAAUAAUAAUACUAAUAAUAACAUAACGACACCAAUAACUACUACACCAACACCAACACCGACACCAAAAAUUACUUGCGAUCAAAUAGCGGCCAACGAUUGUGACCAAUGUCUACAACAUGGCUGUGCCUAUUGGUAUUGCGGCCUAAAAGGCAAAAUUAUGGUAAAUACAACCUAUUGUCUGAGCAGCCAAAGUGCCAAACCUACCGAUAAGUGCGACGGCGGCACCGGUAGUAGUUGGAUACGUGCGGAAAAAAGUCACGGCAAAUAUACAUGUCCCACCAAUUCAACCGACAGUUCCCCAGAUAGACUGAAUGCCGGAUCGAUAGUCGGUAUUGUUGUGGCUUCGGUAGCCUCGCUAUCGGUAGUAGUGUUUGUCAUCUACAAGAGGUUACGCAAGACUCGCAACAAUUAUCAACCAUUGGAUUAGUAGUAGUAGUAGUAUUAGUAGUGAUAGGAGUAGUAGUAGUAGUGAUAGGAGUAGUAGUAGUGAUAGGAGUAGUAGUGGUAGGAGUAGUAGUGAUAGUAGUAGUAGUGAUAGGAGUAGUAGUAGUGAUAGGAGUGGUAGUAGUAAACUAAUGAU